GCACGCGAGCCACAUCUUACGCGUUUUAACUCUUUUUUUUUUAUCAUUAUUAUUUAUUUAUUUAUUCGAUAUACGCUGGUCUCCGCGUCUCUCUCGGACUUGUGGAGUGUGCGGGAUAAUCGUGCGUCUCGUCUGUGCGGGCUCUGCGUUGUCGUCGUCGUCGUCGUCGUCGUCGUUGGGCGCAACGCACUCGAUCGCUCCAGCAUUUUUCGAGGAAAAAUAAUAAAACAUUGUGAUCUCGUGCGUGCGCGUGUGCAUGAGUGGUGUGCAAGUGCGUGAGAGAGUGAUCGUGCGCCGUCGCGAGCUGCGAUUAGAAGCUGAUCUGUGAAUAAUUUCCAUCGGUAUAGAUAGAAGGCGAUUAGAAAGAGCGUCACCGUCUGUACGAAAACAUACGCACGAGCGAGCAAGCACGGAGAUAAGUGAAUCGACGCGAGGCAAACAGUAGCAAGAAAUCGAAGAUAUGGCUGAAUCGGAGGCGAGCGCUGUUACCGCCGCCGCCCCAGCAGCAGCCCCAGCGGUGCAGGUCUCGCUGCCUCACGGAGCAGCGCCGGCGGUGACGAUGGCCAGCGGCGCCGCGGAACUGGCCCUGAGCGAUCAUCGCGAGGCCCAGCCACCCAGCGGGCCCCAGCUCGAGCUCAAGACGCGCCGAGCCCAGUUCAAGACACAGGCGUCGACCAUCGCCACGCGGCGCAGCCAGGCCGUCUGCGUGCGCAACGCCUUCAAGAAGUACGGACCCAAGAGCAAUCCCAACGUCAUUCUGGACGGCCUCAACAUGACCGUACCCAAGGGCACCAUCUACGGCCUGCUCGGUGCCAGCGGCUGCGGCAAGACGACCUUGCUGUCGUGCAUCGUCGGCCGUCGGCGCCUCAACGACGGCGAGAUCUGGGUGCUGGGCGGCCGACCCGGCUCCAAGGGCUCGGGCGUGCCGGGCCCCCGAGUCGGCUACAUGCCCCAGGAGAUCGCCCUCUACGGCGAGUUCUCGAUACGCGAGACCUUCAUAUUCUUCGGCUGGUGCGCGGGCAUGGCCACCUCCGCCAUCGAGGAGAAGAUCGAGUUCCUAAUCAAGUUUCUCCAGCUGCCCGCGGAGACGCGCUUCGUGAAGAAUCUUUCGGGCGGGCAGCAGCGUCGCGUGUCGCUGGCCGCCUCGCUGCUGGCCGAGCCCGAGCUGCUGAUCCUCGACGAGCCGACGGUGGGCGUCGACCCGGUGCUGCGCCAGAACAUCUGGGACCAUCUGGUGCACAUCACCAAGGACGGCCGCACCACCAUCAUCAUCACGACGCACUACAUCGAGGAGACCCGACAGGCCGGCAUCAUCGGUCUGAUGCGCAGCGGCAAGUUCCUCGCCGAGGAGUCGCCCAGGAGGCUCAUGGAGAUGCACAGGCUGGACACCCUCGAGGACGUGUUCCUCAAGCUCAGCCGAAAGCAGAACAUGGGUCUGAGGCGGCGCAGCAGCAUCUUGAGCAGCGUCACCGGGGUGCCCGUCGAGUUCGACGCCGACGAGGAGAUGAGCGGCGAGUUCGGCGACAAUAUAAGCAUAUGCAGUCGGCGCAAGAGCUGCAGCACAGAUGCCAAAGACCCCCUGGCUCUUCCUCCGGAGGAAGAGGGAUCGACCCAGUCGCGAUGGAUACUCAAUCCGAAACACAUGAAGGCCCUCAUUUGGAAGAAUUUCAUGUGGAUGUGGAGAAACUACGGAAUGAUGCUGUUCAUAAUCGGGCUGCCGGUCGUGCAGAUCAUCCUGUUCUGCCUGUCGAUCGGCAAGGAUCCCACCGGUCUGGGCAUAGCGAUCGUCAAUCACGAGCUCAACAACAGCAUGCAGGCGUGCCAGCCGUCGCUCGGCUGCUACGAUCUCUAUCACAGCUGUCGGUUCUUCGAUCAUCUGAACCAGGGCAAUCUCGAGUACACGUUCUACGACACGGAGGCCGAGGCGAGGCACGCCGUCGAGAAGGGCUGGGCCUGGACCUACGUCGUCGUGCCGGCCAACUACUCCAAGGCGCUGAUCGAGCGAAUCGAGCUGGGCAGAGACGCCGACAACGCGACCGUCCUCAUGGCCGACCUCGACAUCUACAUGGAUAUGUCCAAUCAACAAAUUGGUCAGCUCUUGAUACGUCACUUUUACGACGCCUUCCUGAAAUUCGUCCGAGAAGUUAUGACUUCUUGUGGAUGGAAUCCCAACGCCAGCAAUUUACCCAUCAAGUUCGAGCAACCCGUUUACGGACCGCUGGAACCGGUUUUCACGGAUUUCGCUGCACCCGGCGUCAUUUUAACGAUUAUCUUCUUCUUGUCUGUCGCCUUGACCUCCGGUGCCAUGUUGCUCGAAAGAAACGAGGGUCUGCUGGAGAGAAGUUUGGUUAUCGGUGUGACCGGUACUGAGAUUCUCUUCGGCCAAGUGGUCACGCAAUUCAUCAUCAUGGCCGGCCAAGCCGUGAUGGUCCUGCUCGUGGCCAUCGGCGUUUUCAAGAUUACCUGCGAUGGUAGUGUAUUCGCCGUACUCGGCCUCACCAUCCUCACCGGUCUCUGCGGCAUGUGUUUCGGUUUCGUGGUCGCGUGCUCGUGCGACAACGAGCGCAGCGCCACCUACAUGGCGAUGGGCUCGUUCCUGCCGAUCGUCAUGCUUUGCGGCAUCAUCUGGCCGAUCGAGGGCAUGCACUACGUGCUGCAGUACAUCAGUUACCUGCUUCCGCUCACCAAGAGCACCGAGUCCUUCCGGGCGAUGCUGGCGCGCGGCUGGGAGAUCAACGAACCCACGGUCUACGAGGGCUUCAUCGCCACCACAGUCUGGAUCUUCGUCUUCCUCACCGUUGCCAUUCUACUGCUCAAGUUCAAGAAGGGUUGAUCAGUUCGAUCGAUGCCAAGCAAGCUACGAUCUUUUUACCUUCGAGUUUUUUUUUACGAUUUCGUGUUAAGUGAGAUAAAAUCUUUUUUUGUUUUUUUUUUAUCGUCUGUGCUGACGUUUUCGUUUCGUAAUUUUUCUGUUUUAUUAGUAUCUGAAUUUCCAACGCAAGGGGAUAAGACUGUGUUAAAUCCUACAACAAUUUUUAUCGGUUAAACCAAUUUUUAGAUGUGUCGAAACGGUUUUAGAUUAUAAGCAAAAAAUAUAAAUCUAAAGUGCAUUAUGUGUUAAGAAAGUUCUGUUUUAGGGUUUUUAGAAUGACUAUAAAAGCGUGUGGAAUUUUAUAGGAUGUUAUAUACUUUUUCAAACUAUUACUUAGCUUUAAAUACCUAGUUCAAGCAAUAUGUAAGUCAUAAAAAAACCAAAGUAGUUUACGAUGUAUUAACUCACUGUGAAACUUCUUCCUGUCAUUCUUCGAUUCGAAAAUUUGCCUCGAUUAUUAUUCCAUUUACGUAAGCGGAAAAAUUACCUCUUUUAUUACCUGCAAAAAUAGUACCUGACAAAAAAAGAUGCACUAUUCACAUUUUAAAUUCUAAUUACCUAAAAGUAGCAGUGAGUUAGGUUAAAAUGAAAUAAAGAUAAUCUUCAUAGGGUGCAAUAUAAAUUAUAUAGGAAAAUAUGAAUAAGAUUUAUAUUUUUAAAUUAAUCGUUAUCGAGUAUACAUAACAGUGCUCUGCUUACCUCAAUAAGCAGAUUGAACUCCUCGAAAAUUGAAAAAUCUGAAGAUAAAAUAAAAAAAGGAAUUAUCACGACAAACGAGGUAAAGAAAAACUUUUGACAAGUUGAAAAUGAGACAAUUUGUACUUAAGUUAUACAAUGAACUUACCCGUCAAUGAAGUUUCUUUUCCUUUAAUAUCGAGCCAUAGGAUUGUAGUUUUUAUAAAACAUAAGCAAUCGUUGAAAAUUCAAAAUUUUUAAAUAUUUUAACAUAGUCUUACCCCUCUUAAAGACAAAUAUACUUUUCGCGACGAAGUAAAAGUUGAUAAAAAAUAAUUUUAUGCGCUGUUUUUAUUUCGUCGAAAAAACGUAACUAUAGGGUUGGAGAAUUUAGUCGACAUGACUCGUAGUUUUGAACAAAUUUCGUAGACAUAUAAUAAUUAAUGAAUGUAUAGUAAUUUAUUUAUUAAUCGAAGAAUUACUGUGAUCUUUUUGAGUGUGAAAAAUUACGAGUUGCUUUUAUUUAUCGGUUAUGGUUCACAAUUUCGUAUAGACCAAUCACGUCGAACGAAAUGGUGAGAAUCUUGCCAUUUUUUUAUCAUUAUUAUUAUUGUAAAAGGCUGGUUAGGGACUGCUAAAAAGUGUUAUUUCUAUUUUACCCAAUUUUUCCUUUAUUUUUACGUUGUGCGCUGUGCUUCCAUGACACAUUGCUACACUGAACCCGGCUUCAUAAAGUGGCGUCUGUUUAUUUAUUAUGAAUAAUAAUAUUUGCUUUAAAUUACUCGAUACACUAUAUUAUGUACUCGUAGCAAAUAUGUUAGUUUCAAAACUAAUAAUUGUUUAUAGAUUGUGCUAAUUAUCCUUUUAUUAUUUCAUUUUAUCUUCGGAACGGUCCACUUGGUUGUGUCAGCAACAUUUUUGUACAGCAUGUUUAGUUCAUAAGUAUUGAAAAAAAGUACAGGCCCAACGGGGUAAUAGUAUCACCACACACGGCUUAUCGAGAAAAAAGUAAUCUCCUUGUUUUUUAUAAUAAUAUUGAUUUGUUAACGAUGACGCUCGUGGAAUCAAACUUUACUAAUAUUGCCGAAAAUUUCCGAAAGGAUUCGUCUAAAUUCCAUCAGGAGAGUAAACAAUUUUUUUAGCUUUUUUGUACAGUUAUAUGUAUAAUAUAAAAUUAUAUGUAAUUAUUAAAGGAUUA